CGCCUUCUCGCUCCUGCCCUCAAGGGGCCCCAUUAGCGUUCCGGCGCUAUGGCAACAGAGUCUGUCCGGAGCGCUCCGGGCCUAGCCAAGCAACGCGUCCGGUGAAGGGCCGGAACAGGGUCCCGCCCUCCCCCCCAUUCCCUGUUCAGUCCGCUCUUCUCAUCUAACAGCUGAAAGACAAGGCGGCCUGUAUGGCGCCUUGCAAGGGUUUCGUUUGCGUUCUGGAGCUGCACAUCCGCACGGUAACAUGUCCAGGUGUUGCACUAAAAUCCAGAGAAGAUGUCUAUGUCAGUGCAUGUAUUUUUGGACAACAUAAGAAAACUUCAUGUGUUCGUGCAAUAUUCCCCCUGAUAUUUGAUGAGAAAUUAAUGUUUGAAAAAGUAUAUUCUGAUGUAGUUGACCCAGGAGAUCUUAUUGAACUUUUUGAAACUGACACAUCGGUGGUUCAGUUAAUUCAAACUGUUCCUCCAGUUAAAACAUGUAAUUCACUUUCAGUGGGAGAAAUUCUAGCCAAUUAUGAAGAAAAUACAAGAGAUUUCCUUUUUCCUGCUCCUAAGUUUAUCCAUCAACCACGAAACUCAGUUCGUGAGGUUUUAAUGAAAAAGGGCUAUGAUUUUAUAGGAAUUGCACCAAAACUGAAGUUUCAUACAACUUGUGUUAUUUCAGACAGUCUGUUAAGUUCACCAAAAGUUCAGAAGCAGAAGCAGGAUAAUUUAGAUGGACUGUUUCAUUCAUCUACAGAAGGAAUGCGACAGAUCAAAUCUUCAAAGAAGAACACAGCUUCACCUGAGAGAAAUAGGCCCUCUUUAGCAACAAAGAGUUAUGAGCAACCCACAGUAGCAUCUCUUUCUCGAUCUCCUUCUCCUUAUACAAAGAGACGUAUGUGUGAGCUUCUGCAAAUCAGACAACGCCUGGCUCACUUAGACCUAGGGCCAUUUGAUUUCAGGAAAGAAACAGACAGACCUCCAUUUGUAAUUCGUCGUGUUGAAGAGUUGACCCCCUCACCUCAGGUUCAUACUUGGUGUCGUCCUAAGGAAGGAGCAGCCUAUGAUCCUAGUCUGCUUGGCAGUUACAGACCCAAAAAUACUAAAAUUAUUGGAUCGCAUCAUGAGAAACACUUUGAUUGUUUUCCUGACACCUAUGAUGAGCACUUGAUCACAAAAAUGAGCAGUAGGCAGGUUUAUUCAGAUCGUCUAUUAAUACAUUCAGCACCUGCAUCGUUGCAGAAUUUUUUUUCAACUCCUGUGAUAAAUCGCUCAUCUCUUAGAGAAAGGUUUUAUACAGGUUGGAACACACCAGUAAAUGGGGAUGAGAUUCAUAAACGAGUGAAAAGUAUUUUAAGAACGCACAGUGCAAGGCAAAGGCUAACAUUUGAUGAGACUUCUUUGUCAAAGGAAGAAUCUGCUAAGACAAGAGACUCCACUGGGACAAGAGAUUUCAGAAAAAGAGAUGUUUCACAUACAGAUUCUUUAAACAGUAAUUUUCAGAACAGGUACUUCCCCAGUGCUCCAGGAUUUUUGAAAGAUAUGAUGCAAUGGUUCUGAGAUAACAUCUUCCAGCUCCUUCGGAACUUUGAGUCAGAUCCCAAUGAUUUAUAUUCGUCAAGGUCAGAUAGGUGUUCUCUUAUCAUUUUCUUGCUUAUUUUAAUGUUUGUUUCUAAUUCGUCUUUUGCAGUAUUUUUUUUGGCAUGUUGGGCUGUAAUUUCUUUUUGUGUGAAGACUGAUGUGAAGAAUGAGUUAAGCAGACCAGUUGCCUCAUGAAAAAGCAUCUUUGGGAUGCUUAAAGAAGCAAAUAUAGACUGUCACAAAGCUCUGAUUAUAAUGUUGGAAUGUUACAGAAAGUCAGAUUGUCUGCCAAGUAUUACCAUAAUUUGAUUUUUCUUCAUAUUUAUUCCAGUAUGGAGAAUAGUGCUAGAGGAACUGAGUGUUGACAUACCUACCUUAUAAAUCACAGGAAACUUCACACUAGGGAUCUCUAACCCCCAAUGUUGUAACUUCUUGUUGCACUUUAUUUUCUACCUUGUGUUAAUGAAUCAGUACUCUGAAGAGCUUGGCAGAGUCAUGGAGACCUGAGGUUUGUGGCCAGUGUGCCUUCCUAAUUUCUCCUUCUAACUAGACCUCAUUCUUUCAAUCAUGUCUUCUACUUUCAAGUUAUGUGCUUUGCCUCCUUAUUCAUUCCAAACAUUCUGAUCUUUUCUCUAGAAUUUAAAUUGCAUUUUUGUUGUUUAAUGAAUAAAUGUAACAUACAUCUUACAAAUAAAUUAAUGCAUUUUCUUACAAUAUAUGAAGCAAUGACAUUACUAUUACCUAUCCUAUUAUUUUUGUUUCAUUUUGAAUCAAAUUCUUUGUUAUUUUUAUAUUCCAGCAAUUUAUUAUUAUACUAGUCUUCUAUUUUAAUUUCACUGUGUUCUGUAGUUAACGUUCUGUAGCUUUUGUAUGUUAUGCAUGAAGUUUAUUUCACGUACAUGAAUCCACUGUGGUGCACUGUUACUAACAUUUGCAUUGCAGAUUAUUUAAAUCAGCUGUUUGGUAUUAUACUAGUAAAUCAUCUUGUGUUUCUAGGAGAAGAGAUGGAGCAGAGGUCUUCAAACUUGGCCCUUUUAUGACUUGUGGACUUCCUGGCUGAGGAAUUCUGGGAGUUGAAGUCCACAAGUCAUAAAAGGGCCCAGCUUGAAGACCCCUGAGAUAGAGGAAGUCGACCAACCUUCAUCUAACAGGAACUACAGUAUAUCAGGAAUGAAUUCUGCCAGGUGGUUUUAACACCUGUAAUACCACCUAUGAAUUUGGGUUUUGUUUUGUUGGAUCUUUUCUUUUACUGAACCAAUACAGUUUCAGUUGAACUGAUAUAUAACAAUGUCUGUCUGUGUGUCUCUCUGUCUCUCUAGCUAUCAUCUGUCAUCUAUCAUCUAUCUAUUAUCUAACUUCAGUUCCCCCAAAUUUAAACAGCUCCAAGCCUAUUGGAUUUUGAAGAGCCCUAAUGACUUGACUUUUUGCCUAGACCUUUGGUGAUGGUGACUGAUAUCUUUUUUCUUCCUCUUUUCCUCCACCCCCUCAGGUUUGUGUUCCUUGCCAUUGUUGUUCUUUUGUCCUGGAUUUGUAUUUUUUUAUAUUAUUUUUGUUCUUACCUGUUUUUAACAAUUGUAAACUGUCCAAAGUUACUGUGUAAUAGUUGCUGUACAAGGCAGUUGCUGAAUGAGGACUUAUUUUAUUAUUUUAUUUGAAUUUAUUUUAUAAAAUUUAUUAGCUACCCAUCUUACCAUAGGGUAACUCUGGGCAUUUCACAGUUAUAUCUAAGCUAAAACACCUAAAGUUAAAAUUGAACAUUAAAACCAAAGAAGCAUGGAGAGGGUGGGAA